AAGAACCCAGAACUCCCAAUUCUGCCAUUUCCUAUAUCAGAAAAUAAAUUGCAAGGACUGCCGCGGAGAGAGGAAAAUGCAGAUCUUCGUGAAAACUCUAACGGGAAAAACUAUAACCCUCGAGGUCGAAUCCAGCGACACCAUCGAUAAUGUCAAGGCCAAAAUUCAAGACAAGGAAGGUAUUCCACCGGACCAGCAGCGAUUGAUCUUUGCUGGAAAGCAACUGGAAGAUGGCCGCACUCUCGCUGAUUACAAUAUCCAGAAAGAGUCAACGUUACAUUUGGUUCUGAGGUUGCGUGGAGGGAUUAUUGAGCCGUCCCUGAUGGCAUUGGCUAGAAAGUACAACCAGGACAAGAUGAUUUGUCGAAAGUGUUAUGCACGUCUCCAUCCUCGUGCUGUGAACUGCAGGAAGAAAAAGUGUGGACACAGCAACCAGUUGAGGCCAAAGAAGAAGAUCAAGUAGAUGAGAUAUGGGGUUGCUUUUAGAGAGUUAUUGUCAAGAGAUAUGUCUUGCUGCAGAUGUUGGCCAAUGUAAAACCAUCCUUUCUCUCUUUAAUUUGUUUGGGGACAUAAGAAUUCUUAUUCAAUUUGGAUAUUGGAGUUAUCAGUGCCUUUUCUAUGCUGUUCAUUUUAGAUAGAAUGUUGUCGUAUUACUAUGAA